CCUCUCGGAGGAAGUUUGCCCUUUAAUUGCAGAGCCCGGAUCGCCGUCGCACCAACUUCCAGGAGCUGGCAGCGGGCGCCGACGGGAGUGUCCGUCUUUCCCGCCCGGGCAGCCGCGGCGCUCCGCAUCCUCCGGCACCGUCACCAUGGGCGGCUCGGCCUCCAGCCAGCUGGACGAGAGCAAGUGCGCCUACAUCCGAGGGAAAACUGAGGCAGCCAUCAAAAACUUCAGUCCCUACUACAGUCGCCAGUACUCUGUGGCUUUCUGCAACCAUGUACGCAGUGAAGUAGAACAGCAAAGAGAUUUAACAUCACAGUUUUUGAAGACCAAGCCGCCGCUGGAGCCUGGAACUGUUUUGUAUGAAGGAGAACUGUCACAGUUUGCUGAAGACAUAAAGAAAUGGAAAGAGAGAUACGUUGUGGUUAAAAAUGACUUUGCUGUGGAAAGCUACGAGAACAGAGAGGCCUAUCAGAAAGGAGCUCCCCCUAAAAGCCGAAUUCUUCCAGCUGGUGGCAAGGUGCUAACCUCAGAAGAUGAAUACAAUUUAUUAUCUGAUCGGCAUUUCCCAGACCCUAUUGCAUCCAAUGAGAAGGAGAACACGCAGCCCUUUGUGGUCCUGCCCAAGGAAUUCCCGGUGUACCUGUGGCAGCCCUUCCUCAGACACGGCUACUUCUGCUUCCAGGAUGCCGCUGGCCAGAAGAAGCUCAGCGCUGUCCUGAGUGACUGCAUCAGACAUCUGAAUCACGAUUAUAUGAAGCAGACAACAUUUGAAGCCCAAGCCUUUUUGGAAGCUGUUCAAUUCUUUCGACAGGAGAAAGGACACUAUGGCUCGUGGGAAAUGGUCACUGGGGAUGAAGUCCAGAUCCUGAGUAACCUGGUGAUGGAGGAGCUCAUGCCAACCCUUCAGACAGACAUCCUGCCUAGAAUGAAGGGGAAGAAGAAUGACAGGAAGAGGGCCUGGUUUGGGCUCCUCGAAGAGGCCUACCACCUGGUUCAGCAUCGAGUUUCAGAAGGAUUAAGUGCCUUGAAGGAGGAGUGCAGGGCUCUGACGAAGGGCCUGGAAGGAACCAUCCGUUCAGACAUGGAUCAGAUUGUGAACUCAAAGAACUUCUUAAUUGGAAAGAUCAAAGCGAUGGUGGCUCAGCCAGCGGAGAGAAGCUGUGCAGAGAGUGUGCAGCCGUUCCUGGGGUCCAUUCUGGAGGAGCUGAUGGGACCUGUAAGCUCGGGAUUCAGUGAACUGCGCUCACUCUUUGAAAAAGAAGUGGAUGAACUUAGCCAGAGCUUUCAGACCACCAAAGACAGUGCCCAGCUAAAGGAGCAUCUAGAGCAGCUUAUGAAUCUUCCACUGGAUUCCGUGAAGAUGGAGCCUUGUUAUAAUAAAGUCAACCUGCUUCAGGAGCACCUUCAGGAUCUCAAGAGCCGCUUCAGGUUCCCCCACAUCGAUCUGGUGGUCCAGAGGACACAGAACUACAUGCAAGAGCUGAUGGAGAAUGCAGUAUUCACUUUUGAGCAGUUGCUUUCCCCACAUCUCCAAGGAGAGGCCUCCAAAACCACAGUCGCCAUUGAGAAGGUUAAGCUCCGAGUCUUAAAGCAAUAUGAUUAUGACAGCAGCACCAUCCGGAAGAGGAUAUUUCAAGAGGCGCUGGUUCAAAUCACACUUCCUACCCUGCAGAAGGCACUGGCAUCCGUGUGCAAACCAGAGCUUCAGAAAUAUGAGCAGUACAUCUUUGCAGAUCACACCAAUAUGAUCCACGUUGAAAAUGUCUACGAGGAGAUUUUACAUCAGAUCCUCCUAGACGAAAGUCUGAAAGUGAUAAAGGAGGCUGCUAUCCUGAAGAAACACAAUUUGUUUGAAGACAACAUGGCCUUGCCCAGUGAAAGCGUGUCCAGCCUCACUGAUCUAAAAACUCCUGCGGGGUCAAACCAGGCCAGCCCCGCCAGGAGAGCCUCAGCCGUUCUCCCCGGAGUUUCAGAGAGUGAGAUCCUGAGUAAUGAGGUGUUCCAGGAGGCAGGGGAGAUGAAACAGCCAGAGGUCCCUAGUCCAUUGGCCAGAGAAGAAGGCCUUUCCCUCCCUGUGUCCAGCCCUCCCCCAGAUGGGGACACGCAGGUCAUCGAUUCAAGUAUAGAUGGCCCGGUUGUGAAUCUGGUGGCUACAGAGGUGACAGCAGGUGCCCUGGGCACACACUUGUCACAGCUGGAGUUGGAAGAGACUCCUGAGGGCUGGGGAACCACCCAGGAAGAUACAGAGCCCAGCUCUGCUGCAGGCUCCUUGAAGGAGCUCAGAAAUUUGCUGACGGUGACUGCCGAAGUACCAGAGGAGUCCGCUGUGCUCGAGGUUGAGAAAGAUACACAUGAGGAGGCCCUUGUUCCCCAAGAUACUGAAAAAGAAGAGGAAGCAACCCAAAUUGACACAGAGGCCAGUCAACCAUCUGCCUUGGGUCAGGACAACUGUGAAGAAAGUGAAGUCAGUGAGGGGGAGGCCCGUGGUCCAGCUCCCAAGGCCGAGGCCAGCGGGGUGGAGCUGGGAGAAUUUCCAGAUGCUCAGCCAGCCUGCGGGGGGCUCAGUGAGGGGGCCUGGGGCCCAGACCCCACAGAGGAGCCGGGAGAGCCCGCUGAGAGCAAGCUCACAGAGGGUGCUUCCGGACUGGGCGCCCUGGAAGGAGGAGGGCCCAUGUGCUCUGUGGAGGCUGAAGCUGUGCCCCUAGAAGCUUGCGUGUUCCGUUCUGACCCCAUCAGCCCCAGGGAGAGCCAGGUUUCUGUGGAAGAAGAGGCGGUGGGCGGGAGCUGCAGCGCAGCCCAGCCUGCCACCAGCGAGGAUGCCCAGGAGAGGAAGGCCGACCCCGUUCACGAGUGUCAGUGGGUGGUGGAGAAUGUCGCCAACAUCAACACCCUAGAUACACAGAGAGAAGACCCCCCAGAGCCCCCUUCAGAGGAGUGAAAGGGACAACGUGGCCAAAGUCCUUCUUGGAACAAACUCAGCCCAAAGGGGGAGGGGGUCGGGUGCCUGUGAGUUGUUACCAAAAAAAAAAAAAAAAAGCAUGAAGUACUUCUUUAAUUUGUAUCAUGAACUAGAGGGAAAUGCACACGGGGCAGGAGCACUGAGGCCAGCCUUUGUGGAAUGGAACUGUCCUCCCAUGAAUUAUGGCUUUAGCAUUUGAGUAAGAAUUACAAAGGUAAUGGUGUGUGUCGGGGUGGGGUGAGAGGCAGCUGAGGAGCCCAGGGUGGGACGGGGCUGCAGGGAAGGCAGAGGAGACAGCUGGGCACCCUGCGCAUUCUCUUCUAAUGCACUUUAAGGCUUCUUCAUGCCCGGCUGCAGGAAAGGGAGAUGGUGAGCUCCGGCCCCUCCCGCCUGCUGUGUGCAGCCCACAGAGCCUGAGCGAUCAGCCUGAGACAUCUCAGGAAAGCUGAGCGGAAACAGAGCAAGACUGUGGUCUGGGGGGCUGGCUGGGACUCUUACUAAUGCCGCGAUCAAUUUCCUACUAAUUAAUCUUGUUAAUUCUUAUUAAUUAAUCACUUUUUGGAGAACAUCAGAUGAGGCAAGGAAAUUUCUUUGGCAUGUUUAAGGCUGAAAGCCUUCCAAAUUAGCCUUAGACUGUGCAGAGAAAGAGCUUAGCUAAAUUAUCAAGCAUAAAGCUGACCAAUUAAACAUUAUUUGAACAGCUAUUCUACGACACAUGCUGCAUUAGGCAUAGUAACAAAAAAGAACAAAAGAAAAAAAAGAAAGAUUAGGUGCUUGUCUAGCAUAAAUGAAAGGAUCCAAAGGAAUUUAAUCUGAAAGAAAAAAAAUAUAUACUGAUUUUCAAAAUAUGACAACUUUCUUUCUUUGCAUUGAAACAGUCCUGAUUUAUUCCCAGGAGGGAAUAAAGUGAAUAAAUGAAUAAAAGAAGAAAGAAAAGAGGGAAGUAAAAGGGAGAGAGAAAGGAAGAAAGAGAGAAACCAAGCUAUAAAUCAUUAAGUUCCAAAGAUAUUACCAACAAUGGAAAUUAUUUGCUUAGUUGUUUAGCAAAUUGAGUCUUGUUAUGUCCCAGGCUCUGAUACUGUGGUGAAAAUGGCUCUCUUCCUUUCUCUUAGAACUUACUUUAAUGGAAAUAGAUGGCAAUACAUCUUCUGAAUGGAUCAUGACCUUUACCUGUGAGUGUUAAGGUGGAAUGAACUUUCUUGCCAAAGAUUAAAAAGAUGUAUUCUCUUGUCCUUCAGAAAAAUACCAGAUGAUUUUCUAAAAGCUUUAGUCCCAGGUCUACAUCUUGAAAUUUCCUUCUACAAAUUUUAAAAUUAGAUCUCAACAUAUUGUCCUAAGAGCUUGUUUUGAUUAUCAUCAGCAAGUAGUUAAUAUCAGUUUUUUUUUAAGAAUUUAUACAUAGUUUGACUAUUUAACCAGGAAUUAAAAUAUCUCUCUCUCCACCUCGCUAUGAAGAAUUGCUUGGAUUUCUGGGUCAUAGGGGAUGAAAAAUAAUCAAUAUACUCUCAUAUUGAAUUGUUUCAACCUUGGCUCAUAAUGGUAAAGAAUCUGUCUGCAAAGCAGGAGACCUGGGUUCAAUCCCUGGGUCAGGAAGAUCCCCUGGCCAAAGGAAUAGCUUACCCACUCCAGUAUUCUUGCCUGGAGAAUUCCAGGACAGAGGAACCUGGCAGGCUAUAGUCCAUGAGGUGGUAAAGAGUCCGACAUGACUGAGUGACUAACACUUAGCGUGUUUAGAUCCACUCAUUAUAGGUGGAGAAGGCAACAGCAACCCACUCCAGUACUCUUGCCUGGAAAAUCUCAUGGACAGAGGAGCCUGGUAGGCUGCAGUCCAUGGGGUCAUGAAGAGUUGGACAUAACUGAGCAGCUUCACUUUCACUUUUCACUUUUCACUUUCAUGCAUUGGAGAAGGAAAUGACAACCCACUCCAGUAUUCUUGCCUGGAGAAUCCCAGGGGUGGCGGAGCCUGGUGGGCUGCUAUCUAUGGGGUCUCACAGAGUUGGACACGACUGAAGUGACUUAGCCGCAGCAGCAGCAUUAUGGGUGGAAGGCAGAGGUCACUCCCCUCCCUGGUCUUCAUCGUGCCUGUGUUCACUCAUAUCCUUGCAUUUGGCACAAAAUAUUGCAAUUAUGUUUACUUCCUGUCUCUUCCAGGGGCCCUUUCCUUCAAGGACAGAUGCUAGGGUUUAGUCAUCCUGUGUACUUCCUGCACACGUAGCCUUGAAUAAUGGCUCCCUGGCUUCUCAAGUCACUUUAAUAUCCCUAGUGCCUAACAAGGAACUGCUUGUGUCAGGCUCCUCAGGAAAUGUGAGAACUGAUCACCAACCACACUGCUGUGCUGGGGCUAUUUGGGGCUUGCUGUCAGGCAAGGAGAUAUAUUUUACUUGGGCUUUUUGCCCUUGGGAGUCUUCCCUUAAAUCAAGUCCAAAGUCCAAAAGGCAAGUGGCCAAAUGGUCUGAUGCGCUGCCCGGUGAGACUGAGAGCCAAAGGACCAGUGCCCAGCCUCCCCACGGACUGCCCUUCUCUCCAGGAGAAUGGUGAUCAGCAAGCAAGGAGGUCCUGGCGCAGGCUAAGCCCAUGUAGAAGCCUCUAGCUGCCUCCCUUUUGCUCACCUCAGGGCUCCUGACCCCACUUGGAAAGCUGAGAGAUUUUUCCAACCCUAAACGACAGUACCUGUCGUUUCAUUGGAUGGAUGAACAUCAGUGUCUACCCAUCUGCGGGUAGAGGAGCUGAGAACGCAGGUUUUCUGUACGUAUUUCACAAAAGACACGUCCACUAGAUUAAGUCAGGUGACUGUUCCGUUUGACAAUGGAACAGGAAAUUAAAGUGCAUUAAAAUUUCCUUAUUUGUUUUCACAUGUUGAGUGGAAUAGUUUCCUAUUACUGGGUUUUUCUUGGUUUUGAUACAGACUUGUCUAGAUUGCUUCAGUGGUUUCCACCUUGGAGCAAGGUUAUUGUGAUUUAAGUAAGCAGCAGGAAAAGCCUCGGCAAGCUGCUCAGAGGCUCUCUCCUAUGGACAAAUUUCUUUGAAAUGCAUAAAACCUCAAGACGUGGUUUUUGGCAAAAAUUCCAUGACUAGUUAUGUUUUAUUGACCUUUCACAAAGAAAGAAUAUUUUCCUUAAAAAAGAAUUCGCUUGUCAGUUUUUCCUUUGCAGCUUAGAGCAGAGUCAGUAGUGUCUUGCGUUAUUCAGAGUAAACUCAUUUUAAAAAAAAAAUGCAUUUUGGAGACAACAAGGAAAAGAUUCCAGCUUGUUCAAAAUUUUUAGAAAGAGACUGAGUAUGAAGAACUAUGGGUCUUCAUCCUCCAUCUUCUGCAUUUUACUACAAAGAUUCUCAAGUCUGGUUUCAUAGCUUUCAGAUUAGAGGUAGUGAUUUCAAAGGGUUCCACGAUUCUCUCAGAUAAGUGAUUUUAUUUCUUUAUAAAAAGUGCUAAAUGAUGUAUGCUAACCUAGCAAGUUUAAUUUGGGGAAGAGAAAGACAUCACUGACUAAAAUAAAUAAUACAGUUUCACUUGGUGAAAAAGUCAGUUACAUGUACCUUCUUUACCAUAAACAAGUGGGUUUUACAAUUUGCUUCUGAAGUCUGCAACCUCAAUAAGGAGAUCUACACUGUGGAUUGAUUUUUCUGGUCACUAUAUAAAGCAAAUAAACUUAAACCACUUUGUAACCACAUAUUUACCCUGCCAAGUGCCUAUAUUGCAAUAAAAUGUUUGUCCUUGAAAAA